UGUAGUCUACAGAAAUAAACCUAAAGGACACGAGUGAUAUUUAACCACUAUUAGUUUCUUUUAACACUCGGUUUUUAUUUUAAAGUGCGCUGUUACACUGCGUGUUUACAGCACUUUGGUGAGGACGCGACAUAAUGAGGUGACCACCCUGCAGUAAAUAUGGGUCAAAUAGAAGAAAGCAAGGUGUCCUGUGUGAACAUCCUCACCUGCCACAGAGAGCUGCUGGUAUCCAGGUUGAAGAGUAUUCAAUGCAUACUGGACAACCUGCUGGCCUGCGACUUCCUCUGUGAGGAAGAGGUUGAGUUUGUACAGCGAACUGCCACCAAGACAGAUCAGGUGCGCAAAAUCUUGGAGCUAGUCCAAUGCAAAGGGGAAGAGGCCUGCACGUACUUCAUUUUCAUCAUAUAUAAAGUAUGUGAUGCAUACAUAGAUCUCCAGCCAUGGCUGAAAGAGAUCAACUACAACCCAAGUGAAGAUGUGAAGGUGAUGAAGGUGGUUAACACAGAUCCCAUCAGCAGGUAUUGUGAGAAGUUGAGGCAUGAAAUAAGCCGGGACACCGGCUUCAUCAUGUCAUACGGACAGCGAGAGGAGACCCGGCUGGAGGACCUCUAUACUGACACCCUGAUUGAACUGAUGAACGACAGCAAUGAAAGUCUAGGCUUCUUGGAGAGUCUGGACCAGCUCCUUGGGGAACAUGCGGUCUUCAAUCCCCAAGGAGAAACCAUCUACGUAAUGGGGGACGCCGGUGUGGGGAAAUCCAUCCUCCUGCAGAAACUCCAGAAUGUGUGGUCCAGGAAAGAGCUGCAGACAGAUGCCAUCUUCUUCUUUAAGUUCCGCUGUAGGAUGUUCAGCACCUUCAAAGCCACAGAGCAGAUCUCCCUCAGAGACCUUUUGUUCAAAUACAGCUGCUACCCAGACCACGAUCCUGAUAAUGAAGUGUUUGAUUUCAUCCUGCGCUACCCUGAGAAGGUUAUUUUUACGUUUGAUGGCUACGAUGAGAUUCAGGAGGAUCUGGACCUGAUGAACGUCCCUGAAAGUGUGUCAACAGAGGAGAAGGCACACCCUCUCCAGCUACUUCUCAGCUUGCUCUGUGGGAAACUACUCAAGGGUUCGCAGAAGGUUCUAACAGCCCGGACAGGGAUCGAGAUCCAGAGCAGGGUGAUCAGAAAGAAGGUGGUUCUGCGGGGGUUCUCCCCAGCUCAUCUGAAGACCUAUAUUGAUCUGCGCUUUAAGGACCAGGAGCAACGAGAGCUGGUCUUAGUUCAGCUGGAAGCUAGCCCCCACCUCUGCGGCCUGUGCUCCACUCCACUAUUCUGCUGGAUCGUAUUCAAGAGCUUCACACACCUGCACACCAUGCACGAUAGUUUUGAGCUGCCCGAAACCUGCAUCACACUCACCGGCAUCUUCCUCAUGCUGUCAGAGGUGUUCCUCAGUCGCUCGGCCUCACCAGCUCCAUCUCUGCUGAAGAAGAGAACCCGCUGUGCCUCACAGACAUUCAAAACAGGGCUCAGGCCCCUCACAGCAUUCGCCAAGUUGGCUCUUCAGGGUAUGGAGAGAGGUAGCUUCAUUUGCAGCCAAGAGGAGAUUACUGCUUGUGGCUUGACAGAGGAGGAUCUAGCCCUUGGCUUUCUCAGAGCUGUUAGUGACUAUGACGCCAGCGAAAGCACCGCUACCUUUGAAUUCCUUCAUAUGACUCUGCAGUCGUUCUUGGCAGCGUUUGCUCUUGUGUUGGAUGAGCAGGCCACUGUCGACUCCAUCCUCAAGUUUUUCACAGAGUGCAGCAGGAAGAGGGAACGUUCGUGUUUGCCUUUGAACUUCUGCAUUGGUGGAUCUUCAAAGGCUACCGAGAAGAAGCCCUUUACUCCGAACGAACACCUUCAGUUUAUUAAUCUGUUCUUGUGUGGGCUGCUCUCCAAGGCUCACAGCAGCCUGAUGGAGCAUCUGGUAUCUCCUUCGUUACUAAAGAAAAAACGGGCCUUGCUAAAGUCCUACCUGUCCAACAGUGUAAAGAUCCACCUCCACGGCUUACCCUACCACGACGGUAAUGAGGGCAGGAAAGUUCACGUUCUGCCCAACUUCCUAUGGAUGCUGAGGUGUAUCUUUGAGACGGGGAACAACGACAUCGCUCAGAUGACUGCCAAAGGCAUCAAAGCUGGCUUCAUCAAGCUGGGUUUCUGUAACGUGUAUUCAGGUGACUGCAGCGCCCUGAACUUUGUACUGCAGCACCGUCAGAAGCACCUGGGCCUCGACAUGGACAACAACAACAUCAGCGACUAUGGGAUUAAUCAGCUAAGGCCAUCAUUCUGUAAGAUGACAAUAGUGAGAUUUUGCGUCAAUCAACUGACAGACAGCAGCAUUGAGAUUCUUGCAGAGGAGCUGUGUAAGCACAAAGUUGUGGAAGUCUUAGGACUUUACAGCAAUCACAUCACAGAUGUUGGAGUCAAGCUAGUUGCUAAGAUAGUUGAGGAAUGCCCAAAGCUACGAACUCUCAAGAUCGGUAAGAACAAGAUCACCAGUGUCGGUGCAAAGUAUUUGGCCAGCGCAAUUCAGAAGAGCAAGUCCAUAUUUGAAGUGGGAAUGUGGGGGAACACCAUUGGCGAUGAGGGAGCAGAAGCGUUCGCAGAAGCUUUGAGGCACCACCCAAGUCUUGCCAACCUCAGCCUCUCAGCCAAUGGCAUCACGUCAAAAGGUGGGAAGAGCCUGGCAGAAGCACUGAAAGAGAACAGCAGCCUCAGGAUAUUCUGGUUGGUGCAGAACGAGAUGUCUGAUGAUUCGGCUCCACACUGGGCAGAGUUGGUAAGAGCAAACACCGGUCUAACCAACCUCUGGUUAAUCGAUAACCGCUUCACUCUGGAUGGCAUCAAACACCUGGCUGAGGCCCUUUCUCACAACACAGCACUCAAAGAGAUAUGCGUGAAAAGCAACCAGCUCUCUGAAGAGGAACAGAAACAAUUUUCGGAGGAGAAAAGGCUGCGAUUCAACUGACUCAGCACUCAUGUGAGAAGCAACCAUGUGCAUGUGUUGAGAAAUGGCUACAUGGUAGAAAAUAUGUGGAACAUUCACUGUAUCCAAAGUUUAGUAUUAGUUUUAGCUUAAACUCUAUGAUUUCACCCAGUUGCACCUGUUUUGACUGCUAUGGACACAAAGUCAC